AUGCGCCUGGCUCACCUCUGCUGCUGCUGCCUCCUUUACCAGCUAGGGGUCUUGUCGCAUGGGACCGUUUCAGGGCUGCAGUUCGCCCCCGACCGCGAGGAGUGGGAAGUCGUGUUUCCUGCACUCUGGCGCCGGGAGCCGGUGGACGCGGCUGGCGGCAGCGGGGGCAGCGCCGACUCAGGCUGGGUGCGCGGCGUUGGCGGCGGCGGCGGAGGCGCCCGGGCGCAGGCAGCCGGCAGUUCCCGCGAGGUGCGCUCUGUGGCCCCGGCGCCGCUCGAGGAGCCCGCCGAGGGCCCGUCUGAGCCCCGGCCCCGGCCCCCACCGCCUCCAGGGGGCGAGGAGGAUGAGGAGCUCGAGUCUCAGGAGCUGCCGCGGGGAUCCGGUGGGGCUGCCGCCCUGUCCCCAGGCGCCCCGGCCUCGUGGCAGCCUCCGCCACCCCCACAGCCGCCCCCGUCUCCGCCCCCGGCCCAGCAAGCCGAGCCGGAAGGCGACGAGGUGCUGCUGCGGAUUCCGGCCUUCUCCCGGGACCUCUACCUGCUGCUCCGGAGAGACGGCCGCUUCCUGGCACCGCGCUUCGCGGUGGAACAGCGACCGAGUCCGGGCCCCGGCCCCACGCGGGCAGCAGCAGCCCCGCGCCCACCCGCGCCGCCCGACGCCGCCUGCUUCUACACCGGAGCGGUGCUGCGGCACCCGGGCUCACUGGCCUCUUUCAGCACCUGUGGAGGUGGCCUGAUGGGAUUUAUACAGCUCAAUGAGGACUUCAUAUUUAUUGAACCACUCAAUGAUACAAUGGCCAUAACGGGUCACCCACACCGUGUAUAUAGGCAGAAAAGGUCCAUGGAGGAGAAAGUCACAGAGAAGUCGACUCCUCAUAGCCAUUACUGUGGUGUCAUUUCAGAUAAAGGAAGACCUAGAUCUAAAAAAAUAACAGAAAGUGGAAGAGGGAAACGCUAUUCAUACAAAUUACCUCAAGAAUACAACAUAGAGACUGUAGUGGUUGCAGACCCAGCAAUGGUUUCCUAUCAUGGAGCAGAUGCAGCCAGGAGAUUCAUUCUAACCAUCUUAAAUAUGGUUUUUAACCUUUUCCAACACAAGAGUCUUGGUGUGCAGGUCAAUCUUCGUGUGAUAAAGCUUAUUCUGCUCCAUGAAACUCCAGCAGAUCUCUAUAUUGGGCACCAUGGAGAGAAAAUGCUGGAAAGCUUUUGUAAGUGGCAACAUGAAGAAUUUGGCAAAAAGAAUGACAUACAUUUAGAGAUGUCGACAAGCUGGGGCGAGGACAUGACUUCUGUGGAUGCCGCCAUUCUUAUAACAAG